AUGAUGAUUUCAGGUGGGGCUGGAGGUGUGUCCCGGGCAUACGGCCGCGCUGCCGUUACUGUCGCUGGAAACGGCGUUACGGACGAAAAUGACGAUGGUGCCAUGGACGUUGACGACGGAAAAGAAGCUAGGAGUGAAAGCGAAGCUGACACCAACGUUAGCAGCAACAACGUUAGCAGCACAGGCAGGUGUUGUGCCGAAGACAAUAAGAGUUCCAGCGGUGGUGCGGCGGAGGUAGAAGCUGUGCCAUCAGCGGAGACGGGUACUGGUGCGGGGGUGGGAGCAGGAGCGCCGGCUGUUGGACAGUCGGUCGGGCACAAGAACAUCGUCGGCAGCGUGGGUAUCGCGAAACUCCGCAAGAUUUGGGACCCCGCUGUCCCACGGGUGGAGGAGCUAUUCUCGGCCGCCACCACAGCGACCGCAGCUGCUGCUUCUACCGUCUGCGAACGCAACGCUACCAGCGGCGGCGGCAGCAUCACCGGCGAAUCUGGAGACGGCUCCAUAUCAAGCUCAAGUGAAAGAAAUUCCGGCAGCGACUCAAUAUCUAGAGCAGGCAGUAGCGUGCGAGGCGGCAAGGGAACAGUAGACACGGAUGCCGUGCGCAAAGAAGCUCUCGUCUCGUCGUCGUCAUCACCGCCGCUGCCGUCGACAUCAUGUGUUGGGGUCACUGCGGUCAGCAGUGUGUCUGGCGGUACAAGCGGCGGAAGCAGUGCGAACAGAGCGGUGAACCGUGCGGCUAUUCAGGCUGGGAGGGUGGCUUGGUGCGACGACGGGGAGACGUUUUUUCUUCUCAAUCACGAAGGCAACCUGCUCAAGAUCAAGACCCACUGCGACGGUUCGCUGUCGCUGCUUGCUAGGGCAGAUCCGCAAGGGGGCGCUUCCCCCGCCACCCUGCAGCUCGCGCCCGAUGGAGACAAGGUGCUUAUCGCUACGGCCACGAGAGGCUUGUGCCUGGUGCCCACGGAGGACCUGGACCUCGUGAAGGCAGAGCCGUUCGGAGAAAACUUGGGGCCACGGGGGGCCAAAGCCCGUUACUGGGGAGCAGCGACUUUGGGCGAUAUCCACGGCAGAGGACACGACGGCAGUCGGAAGCGACGCCUGACCAUCGUUGGCAAUCCCUCAAGGACCCGAGACGAUAAAACAGAUCUCUUCUUCUUCGGUCUGGGAGGGGGGCAGCCCGAGCGCAUAGACACGCCUCGCCGAGAGGGGGUCCUCGCCUUGGCGUGUUCCCCACGGCGCCCCUUGCUGAUGUUUCUGUGCCCUACAGGCGAGGUCUACUUCAAGGAAGAGGUGCUCAAAACAGAUUUUCCCGGGCCCUGGUACCCGUCCGGCUACGUCCUCAUCGACAACAACGUGGAUUAUCUCGAAGCAGAAGACGAGCUGGACACGGUGGUGAUGACUGGCCCGGGGGGCGAGGUGUUGAGCAAGACCCAGGCGCACGAGGUGGUGGUGCCCUGGCAGCACGAGGCUGUCGCCCAAGAGGACUCGUCGUUGGGAGAAAAGGAGGAGCCGGUCGACGUGGAGGGCGGCGGGGACACGGAACUGUGGGCGGACGCCCAACCUGGCGAGCUACGGUGGGUACCAGAAAGGGAAGACUCCUGGCCGUCUGAAGGCGGGAGCGAGGACGGGUCGGGCGGACCUAGGAGUUCUCCGAGGGGAGGAGGGCAAGAGAGCUUUGCGGGGCCCCUGGCGCGUCUGCUGGGCGCCACGCCCGCGUUGCUCAAGGAAGCGCGAAAGAGGUUUGGGUCUUCUGGCAUGUCGGAGAACGAUUUGGCGGAGAAACGCAGGAAAUUGGUUCCCAAGAUGAUGGAGGAUCUCGCCAUCAAGAAGAAGAAGAACGACGAGGAGGCGAUUAAGCGCAAGCGGAAGCUGGAGGAGGCAAGGGCGAAGGCGAGGCGUAACCGCGAGAGGAAGGCCGCCGCAGAGGCCGAGAAGGCAGCCGAAAGGGCCAAGGAGGCGGAGAUAAGAGCGGCGGCUGCGAGAGCCGCGGCUGAGGAAGAGGCUGCACGAAAUGAGGAAAGUGAUCAGCGCCGCACGGACACGGCCGAGGCAGCAGAAAAUGACCGGCACCCCAUGGUAGGCGUCCAAGCGCUCUUGACUACGAGCGGGAAUAUGAAGGGGAGGGGUGCGGCGGGUGGCGGGGCGAUGGGUGGUACUCGCGAUUCUUACGAUGGCGGCGUCAGAGGCAACAAAGGUUCGACUGCUGCUGCUGCUGCUGUGCCCCUCGUUACUAGCACUGGCGCGGAUGCAGCUGUUCACACGCUCAUGCCUCCCCCCGACGACUGCCCCCCGUCAACCGACCGCAGCAACGGCUGUGGUGGUGGCUCUGUGGGAGGAGCGGCGGCGGAUGCAGCAGCGUGGCUAGCUGCCAACGCUCCUGGUGACGAGGCGGACCGCCAAAUGGCGUCGUCCACCCUCGUACCUGCGACGUCGUCGUGGGGGUCCCGUGGGCUGGUGCCGGAAGGGGCUAGGGCCACCGCGAGCGCUGGAGUGAUCUCAGGCGAGCUCAUGCCGGUGCCUCCGGCUGUUCUUGGCAGCGCGAGCGGUAGUGUUGUUGGUGCUGGCUGGCGCCGAUACGCUGAGGAGCGUGACGGAUCGGCGCGCUCAGAGAGCCGCGGAGGAGGUGCCGGAAGGGAUUAUCAGCAGCGUCAGGAUUCGAGCUCUGUCGGUGGGUCUCGGUCGCUUUAUCUCGGGGCUGAGGACCGAGUUAUCUCGGAACUGCCGCACAAGUCACAACGGGUGGCGGUGGAUCACGGACACUUCCAGCGGCCUCCACGAUGA